GUAUAUAUUAUCUCCGCAUUAAAUAAAUUGACGAUUCAACACAAUACAACCGCUGACCAUGAACACAUAUCGCAGACAUCUUAUCGUUAAAUUUAAUUAGAGUGUCGGCGGCUACCGUAAUAGACCGAUCAAUCGCUUUGAACCUUAAGCAAAUACAUCCUCUUCCAUAAAUUCGCCGCCCUCCCCAAUUGGUGUGCACGCAACACGGCCGCGGCGUCCCAUCGCUGAGCUCAGUUCGUGGUCAACUAUGCCGAAGUACAAUCGCGCAGAACGUUUCGCUUACCGCACACUUAUAGUGUUCUACAACUAUGGACGUCUCUUGAGUGUGUUCAGUUGGAAAUUGCAGAAACAUACUCGUAAGAUGGAAUUACAGCAGGCAAAGUGCACAAAUCGCCUUUUACGCAUAAUAUGGCGCACUUUGCUCACGUUGAUUUUUUUAACGUUAAUGCCGAAGAUGAUGGCACCAUUUCUGCGCUUGUCAGCCAAAGGAUUCCUAUUGUUUUUCGCAAACAUACAGGUGGUCACAGUAACUCUCUUCUCGGUCAUCUCAUUCGUUAUACACGAGCGUUCGGAUCGGAAAAUCUUUCAUAUAAUUAAUCAGCUCGUUACUAUGUACGAAAGGAUUUCGGCAAAAUCGGGUGUACAGCAGUUAUUGGGACGCACAUUUGUGGUGUCUGUCAUAGCGAAAUUUCUGCUCAGCAUUUUGGGACUGGUCUAUGAAAUUCCAUUACUUUUGGGGGAUAAAGAAAUCGUAAAGUCUUUAUCAGGCAUUUACCUUUGGUUGGGCACAAUAUACACACUGGAUUGCUGUUUCUUGGGUUUUCUGGUCAUCCGACAAAUGUACGUUGCCAUGGCUACACAUCUGGAGUAUAUGCUUGAGGAGAUGAGUGCAAUAGAGUCGGAAGAGCCUAGGAAGCGCCUAAGCAAAUAUCAGCGCAUUAAACUUUUGUGUAUGUACUCGGAGAGCAUAGACGACAGCAAUAACAUAUAUUCGAUUUUAUAUGAGUUGACCAAACAGUUCCAACACAUUUUCCGCUGGCAAGUGCUGUACUACAUUUACUACAACUUCGUCAUCAUACUGAUGCUGAUGCAUCGUUUUAUAUGGCGUUAUUUCGAGUCGAAUUUUGUGGACAUUAUGUCAUUUUUCUCAUCGGUUUUCAAGUUUUGCAAUUUGGCUUUCCUAAUAUUGAGCACUAACGGUGUAGUGGAAAAAUCGCAGUUACCCGAUCUGCUCAAUUUGGAUCUGGUCUGCUCGGAUAUCGAUGCGCGUUGGGAUGAAAGCGUUGAGACGUUCAUAUGCCAGCGCAAAGUGGAAAAUCUAGAAAUUAAGGUGAUGGGAUUCUUUCACCUCAACAAUGAGUUCAUCUUAGUCAUAAUAUCGGCCAUUAUGUCUUACCUCUUUAUACUAAUUCAGUUUGGUUUGACAAAGCAACAAUGAAAGACUGCGCAUGCGUGUCCGCCACACAUUGAAUGACAGCCAAAAUUAUAAAAGUAAUUGCUACACUGCGAACUGAGCGAGGAAUUUCGACAUUGUCACUAAAUUUAAAUUUGAGAUUUUCGCCACAAAUACUACAGUACAUAGAAUUAAAACAACAAAAACAAAAGAAAAAAUUAAUUCCCAAAAUCUUGUAAUUAUCUUUUGUGCCGCACAGAAUAAUUUGUGUGACUUUAAUGUGUUGGCUUCCAAGCACAAUAGGUGCUAUUAAACACCACAGAAAGAUUGGGGCACAAAUUGAGGCUGUGACUGACGUUGACGCUGCGGCUGCGGCUGCGGCUGCCACUGAUUACGACACGCAACAGAGCGUAACGCACUUGUCACGCCUAUUAUUUGCAAAUGAACUCAACGUACUGUGACCUUUGCGUUGAUCCGCGCCGGCGAUAAAUGCGCAAAAAUUCAGAAUUUGUCCCUUACGAUGCUUGUGUGUAUGUAUUUGAUUGUUUGUAUGUUUGUGCAACAGAAUUUGUAUAUUUACAUGUGAAAUUUCGUAGAAGAAAUAUACACACACACACAUACAUAAAUAUAUGCUAAUGUGUGGCCAGCAAGUGCGUUUGCAUUGUGGGCACUGUUAUUGUUUUUGUUAAAAGUCAUUGUUUGUUGUUGUUGCGCAUCUUAUUAAUGUCGGCAUUCACAGCGCCGCUGGCGCAUGCCUAUAAUGAUAAU